AUGGCGGAGCCGGAGGCCGCACAACCGGGGCGGCCCCCGCCGGGCCCGGGGACAACGGCGGGGAGCGGUGGGGCUGGAAGCGGGACGGCAGGGGGAGGAGGGGGAUCUAGCGAUCCGGCGAGACCCGGGUUGAGCCAACAGCAGCGGGCGAGCCAGCGUAAGGCGCAAGUGCGGGGGUUCCCCCGCGGGAAGAAGUUGGAGAAGCUGGGGGUCUUCUCAGCCUGCAAGGCCAACGACGCCUGCAAGUGCAAUGGCUGGAAGAACCCCAACCCUCCCACUGCCCCCCGCAUGGACCUGCAGCAGCCAGUGACCAACCUGAGCGAGCCCUGCCGGAGCUGCAGCCACGCGCUGGCGGACCACGUGUCCCACCUGGAGAACGUCUCGGAGGAGGAGAUCAACCGGCUGCUGGGUAUGGUGGUGGAUGUGGAAAACCUCUUCAUGUCGGUGCACAAGGAGGAGGACACGGACACCAAGCAGGUGUAUUUCUACCUGUUCAAGCUCCUGCGGAAGUGCAUCCUGCAGAUGAGCCAGCCUGUGGUCGAGGGGUCCCUGGGGAGCCCCCCCUUCGAGAAACCAAACAUAGAGCAGGGAGUCCUGAACUUCGUCCAGUACAAGUUCAGCCACUUGCCACCCAAGGAGCGGCAGACCAUGUACGAGCUCUCCAAGAUGUUCCUGCUCUGCCUCAACUACUGGAAGCUGGAGACACCAUCCCAGUUCCGGCAGCGCUCGCAGAAUGACGAUGUGGCCACCUACAAGGUCAACUACACGAGGUGGCUGUGCUACUGCCACGUGCCGCAGAGCUGCGACAGCCUUCCUCGCUACGAGACCACCCACGUCUUCGGGCGCAGCCUCCUGAAGUCCAUCUUCACAGUUACCCGCCGGCAGCUGCUGGAGAAGUUCCGGGUGGAGAAGGACAAGCUGGUGCCGGAGAAGCGGACGCUGAUCCUCACCCACUUCCCCAAGUUCCUGUCCAUGCUGGAGGAGGAGAUCUAUGGUGAGAACUCUCCAAUCUGGGAGGCCGAUUUCACCGUGCCGGCCGCGGAGGGUGCCCAGCUGGUGUCUCGCCCAGCCGCGGUCAGCACCGUCGCUGUGCCCACCACUCCGCUCUUCAGCAAGAAGCUCAGCAACAGCAGCUCUGCCGCGAGCAUGGACGCCAGCACCCCGGAGCCCCUGCCAGGGGAUAAGCGGAAGCUGCCCGAGAGCCUGACGCUGGAAGAUGCCAAGCGGAUCCGCGUCAUGGGAGACAUCCCCAUGGAGCUGGUGAACGAGGUCAUGCUGACCAUCACGGACCCCGCUGCCAUGCUGGGCCCCGAGACCAGCCUGCUAUCAGCAAACGCGGCACGGGAUGAGACGGCCCGGCUGGAGGAGCGCCGCGGCAUCAUCGAGUUCCACGUCAUCGGCAACUCGCUCUCACAGAAAUCCAACAAGAAGAUCCUGAUGUGGCUGGUGGGCUUGCAGAACGUCUUCUCGCACCAGCUACCCCGCAUGCCCAAGGAGUACAUCACGCGCCUCGUCUUUGACCCGAAGCACAAGACCCUGGCGCUGAUCAAGGACGGCCGAGUGAUCGGGGGGAUCUGCUUCCGCAUGUUCCCCACGCAGGGCUUCACGGAGAUCGUCUUCUGCGCCGUCACGUCCAACGAGCAAGUGAAGGGCUACGGGACACACCUGAUGAACCACCUGAAGGAGUACCACAUCAAGCACAACAUCCUCUACUUCCUCACCUAUGCGGACGAGUACGCCAUCGGCUACUUCAAGAAGCAGGGCUUUUCCAAGGACAUCAAGGUCCCCAAGAGCCGCUACCUGGGUUACAUCAAGGACUACGAGGGGGCAACCCUGAUGGAGUGUGAGCUGAACCCGCGCAUCCCCUACACCGAGCUCUCCCACAUCAUCAAGAAGCAGAAGGAGAUCAUCAAGAAGCUGAUUGAGAGGAAGCAGGCGCAGAUCCGCAAGGUCUACCCCGGCCUGACCUGCUUCAAGGAGGGCGUGCGACAGAUCCCCAUCGAGAGCGUCCCCGGCAUCCGAGAAACGGGAUGGAAGCCGCUGGGGAAGGAGAAGGGAAAAGAGCUGAAGGAUCCGGACCAGCUCUACAACACCCUGAAGAACCUCCUGGCCCAGAUCAAGACCCACCCCAGCGCAUGGCCCUUCAUGGAGCCGGUGAAGAAGUCGGAGGCGCCGGACUACUAUGAAAUCAUCCGCUUUCCCAUCGACCUGAAGACCAUGACCGAGCGCCUGAAGAACCGCUACUACGUCACCAAGAAGCUGUUCAUUGCCGACCUGCAGCGCAUCAUCACCAACUGCCGUGAGUACAACCCGCCCGACAGCGACUACUGCAAGUGUGCCAACACCCUGGAGAAGUUCUUCUACUUCAAGCUCAAGGAGGGGGGGCUCAUCGACAAGUAGGGGAGCUGGCCUGGACCCUCCUUGGCCACUGGCCCCCCCUCGGGAGGGACAGGGCUGCCCGUGGGACUUGGCCCCGCUCUGUGGGCAGGGGCCGCUGGAGGGUUUGUUGCUGCUGAGCAGCCCUGGGGAGCUGGGCCUUCCCUCUGCAGGGGAGGGGCAAGGGGAGCAGGGGGUGUCCGGUGCUUUUAUCCCCGAGCUGCUGGUGGUGUGGGCAGCGGGGCUGGAGCCGCCUCAUCAGGAUCUGCCCAGGGCAGGGGCAGCACUGAGUUCCUGCCUCUCCCUGGGGGCCAGGAGCCCCCCGGCACCAGCACUUCCCUCCUCUCCAGGGUCGUGCCUUCUGCCCCAGCUCUCCGUGACAGGGCAGGGGCACACAAGUGCUUUGGUUUUGUGCUUCCGUCCACGCACAGGCAGCCCCUGCCCCUCUUGUUGAAUGUACGGCAGGGCUCAGCCCUGCCCGCCCCCGGCUGCAGGCAGAGAUGCUGCUUGUGGUCCAGGGUCCUGCUGUGAGGGGGUGCACUGCCCCUGCACCCCCCAGCUCCUGCUGCCUCUAUCAGCUCUUCCCUCCCUCUGGGGGCAGGUCUGUCUCCAGCCCUGCCUCUGCCCCGGCCAGGAGCCCAAACACAGUCCGUACAGCCCUCCCUGCCCGUACAGCCCUCCCUGCCUGCUCCUGCUGCCAGCCGGGGCUGCCCCUUGCCUGGCACGGUGAGGGCUGGCAUCCCCGACUGCUGCUCCAGCGCCUGGGGCAGGGGGAAGCGCUGGCCCCCACUCCCCCUGCUCUGCGCCAGCUGUGAGCCAGCCUCUGCCCCUGGGUGUGGGGUUGGCUCCUGCUCGCAUCCCCCCCCUUGCUGCCCCCUCCUUGCACCUCGCAGGCCGCGUUCCCCCCGCACCUCCUUGGGUGCUGGGCUGGGGAGCGCCUGACCCCGGCAUUGACCUGUCCCCCACCGUCGCUUGGUCACCUGCUGCCUUACGCCCCGUGCUGUCAUCGCUGUGUGGGUGCUGGUGAUGCUCUGUGGCUCACUGGCCUUGCUGGGGUGGGACCAGCCCUUCUCCCCCACCCA